AUGGAAGUGCAGAAAGAGGCGCAACGGAUCAUGACCCUGUCGGUGUGGAAGAUGUACCAUUCGCGCAUGCAGCGCGGUGGCCUGCGGCUGCACCGGAGCCUACAGCUGUCGCUGGUCAUGCGCAGCGCUCGGGAGCUCUACCUCUCCGCCAAGGUGGGAGCCCAGGAACCCGAGGUGCCUUUGUCGCCCGUUCGCUCCCCUGACCCUCGCCUGCAGUCUCCUCGGGAAGCGGAAGCCGCAGCCAAGGCAGCUCCCGGCGACGGUGAGCAGCCCUCUCCGGAACCCAUGGACACGCAGGAGGCACCGAGAGCCGAGGAGACCCCCGCUCGCUGUGUCCAGCGCCCCGCAAAAAUCAGCCGAAAGCGGCGGAGCAGCAGCUUUAGCGAUGGUGCGGAAGCCGCUCUGGUCCCGAGCAAGAAAGCCCGCUUAGAAGAAGAGGAGGAGGAAGGGGCCUCUUCGGAGGUCCUUGAUCGCCUGCAGCCCCCUCCGGUGCAAGCGGAGGGCGCCUUCCCCAACCUGGCGCGCGUCCUGCAGAGGCGCUUCUCUGGCCUCCUGAACUGCAGUCCCGCUGCCAGCUCUCCGACGGCGUCCCCGGCGUGCGAGGCGAAGCCGGUUUGCCGCCCGGCGGACAACAUGCUCAACGUGCUGGUACGGGCCGUGGUGGCCUUCUGA